AUGGACCAGCAUGGAGUUUCUCAAUUGGAGAGUGUUGCAAACUCUAUUAAAAGAAAGAGAAGUCAAACAUCACGCCGGCCUAGACCUGAGGCUCAGCCACACCCUGACCCCGAGCAAUCUCCUGUUCCAUCAACUCCAGUUUCGGAUGACCUGAGUAAGGCCUCAAGUGACGAGAACAAUGGUGAUUGUAACUCGGGUGGCAAAAUGUUAAAUCUGAAUCAGUGUGUAUCGAGGUCUUUGCCUGCAAGCGAGCCUGACAAAGUGAGCGGAUCGAAUGUUCUUCGUGGUAAUGGUAUGUUUGACGAGUCAGGAAGUCAGAGUAAACUUAAAAAAGUUAAAUUGAAGGUUGGUGGUGUGACCCGCACAAUUCAAGCCAAAUCCAGUGCUAAUGGCGAAUCUUCUGAUCAUUCUCGUCCACGACAGAGAUCGAUUGGGCAGGAAAGCCCCGAUGAUCAUCAAUCUCCAACUUCUGAUAAUAAAAGAGGUCUGCAAGGGAUCCCGUGGAAGGAUUUCUCAAAAGGUAAUUUCAGUAUUGAGAAGGAAGAUAUGGGGAAAACAUCCGGAAAGAAUGCCGUUGAGAAACAAGGAGAUAAGUCGGAUUCAGUUCGUAAGAGCAAAAGGGUUCCGAAAAAACGAGUUCUUGAUUCUGAUUUUGACGAUGAUGAUGAAGAUGAUGAGAUCCGGUAUUUGGAGAAACUCAAGUCCUCAAAGCUAUCAAGCAGAAAGCUGCAAAAGGAAAGUAAAUACGACAAUUUGGAAGAAGAGGAAGAAGAACCAUACUCCGAUGGUGAUACAGAAGGGAAGAAGAAAAAACUGAAAAAGGAUCUUUCGGAGUUGGUCUCGGAAAACAAGAGAGAAAUGGCUCUUACGUCUCGUCAAAGAGCCCUUCUAACCAAAGAUGCAUCUGUAUCUGGUGGAGCUAGUCAAAUCGAGUUUCCGAAUGGGUUACCACCAGCCCCACCUCGAAAGCAAAAGGAGAAAUUGUCAGAAAUGGAGCAACAGCUGAAGAAAGCCGAGGCUGCUCAGAGGCGGAGAUUGCAGAAUGAGAAAGCAGCCCGUGAAUCAGAGGCAGAGGCUAUUAGAAAGAUACUUGGGCAAGAUUCGAGUAGGAAGAAGAGAGAAGAGAAGAUAAAGAAACGCCAGGAAGAGUUGGCACAGGAAAAGGCGGCUCAUGCACUAAUGCUUGCAUCGAACACCAUUAGAACAGUCAUGGGACCUACUGGGACUACUGUCACAUUUCCACAAGAGAUGGGUUUGCCUGAAAUUUUCGACUCCAAACCGUGCAGUUAUCCUCCUCCACGUGAGAAAUGCGCGGGGCCCUUCUGUACCAAUGAUUAUAAGUACCGUGAUUCCAAGUUAAAGCUUCCUCUUUGCAGUCUCGUGUGCUACAAGGCGAUCAACGAGAAGAUUAAUGCUGGGAGAGCCUGCUAA